AGUCUAACUUGAACUAAUCCGCAGCAAUAAAAGUGUGAAGAGGAGAUGAGAGGAGCAGCACAACCUGAGCGACGGCUUCUCCCCGCAGGCGGAACAGCUGCUGUCUGAGGCUACAAACAACAAGCAUCCAUGUCUGGGCUUGAGGGUCCCGCGGGGCGCCCGGCGGUGCGGCGCCGGUUCUCCGGGCCGCUGCUGCUGCCGCCGCUGUGGAGGAGACACUCGAGUCAGGAGCGACCGCACGACCACCGGCUGCCGGCGCUGGAGCGCCUCGAGGUUCUGUUCAAGCGAGCAGUGGCCAGCCACGGGGAGCACGGCAUCGAUGUGGAGAAUGGGCUCUCGGUGGGCCAGAGCCCCCUGGACCCUCAGGCCAGUCCGGGUUCUGGACUCAUCCUGCAGGCCAACUUCCCCCACAGCCAGCGGCGCGAGUCGUUCCUCUACCGCUCCGACUCCGACUUCGACCUCUCGUCCAAAACGAUGUCCCGAAACUCGUCCACCGCCAGCGACCUGCACGGGGAAGACAUGAUCGUCACUCCGUUUGCACAGGUUCUCGCCAGUCUCCGCACCGUGAGGAGUAACUUUGCUGUUCUGACUCAUCUCCAGGAUCGAGUAGCAAAGCGUCCGCCGGGCAGCAACCAGCCCCCCAUGUGUAAGCCAUGUCUCUCAGAGGAGCCCUAUCAGAAGAUGGCGGUGGAGACGCUGGAGGAGCUGGACUGGUGUCUGGACCAGUUGGAGACGCUGCAGACGAGACACUCGGUGGGCGAGAUGGCGUCCAACAAGUUCAAGAGGAUGCUGAACCGCGAGCUGACGCAGCUCUCGGAGAUGAGCCGCUCGGGGAACCAGGUCUCCGAGUUCAUCGCCAACACCUUCCUCGAGAAACAACAAGACGUGGAGAUCCAGUCUUCUCCUUCUUCUAAGGAGAAGAAGGAGAAGAAGAAGAAGAAGAAGAAGAAGAGGCCGAUGUCGCAGAUCAUCGGGGUCAAGAAGGUCACGCAGAGUCCCGACUUAGCACCCGCCCCCAUCCCCCUCUUCGGGGUCAGCACGCCACACGAGAGCCUGCUGGCCAAGGAGGUGGAGGAACUCGACCGAUGGGGUCUGGAUAUCUUCAAGAUCGCAGAGUUCUCAGGGAACCGCCCCCUGACGGUGGUCAUGUACUCCAUCUUCCAGGACCGAGACCUCCUGAAGACCUUCAAGAUCCCGAGUGACACCUUCCUCGCCCUCAUGAUGGCGCUGGAGGACAACUACCACGCCGACGUGGCGUACCACAACAACAUCCACGCCGCCGACGUGGUGCAGUCCAUCCACGUCCUGCUGUCCACGCCCGCGCUGGAGGCCGUGUUCACAGACCUGGAGGUCAUGGCUGUCCUGUUUGCUAGUGCCAUCCACGAUGUGGACCACCCAGGAGUCACCAACCAGUUCCUGAUCAACACCAACUCUGAGCUGGCGCUGAUGUACAACGACGCCUCGGUGCUGGAGAACCACCACCUGGCCGUGGGCUUCAAGCUGCUGCAGGAGGAGAACUGUGACAUCUUCCAGAACCUCAGCAAGAAGCAGAGGGACUCCCUCCGGAAGAUGGUGAUUGACAUGGUGCUCGCCACAGAUAUGUCCAAACACAUGAACUUCCUGGCGGACAUGAAGACGAUGGUGGAGACGAAGAAGGUGACGAGUCUCGGAGUCCUGCUGCUGGACAACUACUCCGACCGCAUCCAGGUUCUGCAGAACAUGAUCCACUGCGCCGACCUGAGCAACCCGACCAAACCUCUGGAGCUCUACCGCCAGUGGACGGACCGCAUCAUGGGGGAGUUCUUCACCCAGGGGGACCGGGAGCGGGACAAGGGCAUGGACGUCAGCCCCAUGUGUGACAAGCACAACGCCUCCAUCGAGAAGAACCAGGUGGGCUUCAUCGACUACGUGGUCCACCCUCUGUGGGAGACCUGGGCCGACCUGGUGAACCCGGACGCGCAGGACAUCCUGGACACGCUGGAGGACAACAGGGAGUGGUACCAGAGCAUGAUCCCCCGCAGCCCCGAGGACCACCACCAGGUGGAGGUGAUGCCGGGGGGCGGAGCUCCGGGAGCAGGAGGGCCCGUCCCUUCAGGGGCGGACAAGUUCCAGUUUGAACUCACUCUGGAGGAAGAAGAGGAGGGCGAAGAGGAGGAGGAGGAGGCGGAGUCUGACUCGGAGAGCCCCUUAGAGGGGGAGGAGUCCCAGCAGUCGGGUGGGGAGCAGCAACCGGACUCCUCCCCUCCGGCGGCGUCCCCCGGGCUCCGCCCCUCUUCGCCCCGCCCGGCUCGGACCCUGAACCUGGCCGCCUUGACGGCGCGGAGCCCCCGCCGGACGCCGGCCUCCCCGGGGCGCGAGGGCGCCGACCGGGACCGAGACCUGAGCCAGGAGGGCGACGGGGUGGCGUGCCUACGCAUGGGCACGUAACACCCAGCACCACCUGCCACCUGACGGAGGCGGGGCUUCAUUCAUAACGUCUGUAUCACCACUACAGUCCCUUUACACUGGAGACGCCCGCUCUAUCUCUGCCUCUCUUUGGGGGCCCGAUUGACCUCUGUGACCUUUGUGACCUUUCCUGAUUUGUUGUAGCUUGAGUUUGGAACCUGAAGAACAACGGGGAGCCAAAGGGAAAGGAAACGUCUUCCUCCAGAAUCAUGACAUUCAGACAUGAGAACGAGGGCCGCUGUGGUCUCACAGGGUCUUAUUCUUAUUCAUAUUAUUAUUAUUAUUUUGCACCAUAUUUUUGAUUUAGGACAUGUAUGAUUUCUUUCUUUGAGUGACGUGAGAGAUUAAUGAAUAAUGUGUCGUACCAAAUACAAGCUGUUGUUGAGAGACAACCGAUGGACCUAAACCUCAGGGCAUGAAGACAUAAAUCUAAUGUAGCACGGACGUCGUGGGUGACCUUCACCUGACCUUCGACCCCAAACGUUUACGUUUACCUCCAAACCCAGAGACACUGGAGACUGUGUAAACCUGCGUGUCUUUACAGCUAAUUAAGCCCUUUAAUUGAACAUCUGGAGCGAUCGCAGAUGUAUUUCAACGAGUUUCGGCUUCUUUUUAAAAAAUGUUUAGAUGUGUCGUCACUUUAAAAAAAAAAAAUUUAACACUU